AUUAAGCGGAGCAGACCAAAAUCCCAAACAAGGAAAUGGUGGGGGAAUAAAACGACCAGAUUAUUUAAUUAAUGCAUGUAAUAAUUAAUAUUUUAUUUUAUUGUAAAUUAAGACGUAUUUAUGGGUUAAAAUGGAUUACGACUUCAAAACAAAGCUGGCGGCCGAGAGAGAGAGAGUAGAAGAUCUGUUCGAAUAUGAAGGUUGCAAAGUGGGUCGAGGCACCUACGGGCACGUUUAUAAAGCUAAGCGCAAAGACGGGAAAGAUGAAAAGGAGUAUGCACUGAAACAAAUUGAAGGCACUGGAAUAUCGAUGUCCGCCUGCAGGGAAAUUGCACUGCUACGAGAACUGAAACACCCAAAUGUGAUCGCCCUGCAGAAAGUGUUCCUGUCCCACAGCGACAGAAAGGUUUGGCUGCUGUUUGACUAUGCUGAACAUGACCUUUGGCACAUCAUUAAGUUCCACCGUGCCUCCAAGGCCAACAAGAAGCCCAUGCAGCUGCCCCGAGGGAUGGUGAAGUCUCUCCUGUAUCAGAUUCUGGAUGGAAUCCAUUACCUCCAUGCCAACUGGGUUCUCCACAGGGAUCUGAAACCAGCCAAUAUCCUGGUGAUGGGGGAGGGGCCCGAACGAGGAAGGGUUAAAAUCGCUGACAUGGGUUUCGCCAGACUCUUCAACUCUCCCCUCAAGCCACUGGCAGACCUUGACCCUGUGGUGGUGACGUUCUGGUACAGGGCCCCCGAGCUGCUGCUGGGGGCCCGGCACUACACCAAAGCUAUCGAUAUCUGGGCGAUCGGCUGCAUCUUCGCAGAGCUGCUAACGUCGGAGCCCAUCUUUCACUGUCGCCAGGAAGACAUCAAGACCAGUAACCCGUUCCAUCAUGACCAGCUGGACAGGAUAUUCAGCGUCAUGGGUUUCCCCGCAGAUAAAGACUGGGAGGACAUUAGGAAGAUGCCAGAAUACCCCACCCUGCAAAAAGACUUCAGGAGGACAACGUACGCAAACAGUAGCUUAAUCAAAUACAUGGAGAAGCAUAAAGUCAAACCGGACAGUAAGGUGUUCCUGUUGCUCCAGAAACUCCUCACCAUGGACCCCACCAAAAGAAUCACAUCAGAGCAGGCGCUGCAGGACCCUUAUUUCCUGGAAGACCCACUCCCAACCACUGAUGUGUUCGCCGGCUGUCAGAUCCCCUACCCCAAACGAGAGUUUCUAAACGAAGACGAGCCAGAGGAGAAAACAGAAAAGAACCAGACCCAGCAGCACCAGCAGACGACGGGCCAGACUCAGGCCCAGAACCAGCAGCAGACAGCAGCCCAGCAGGCGCCGUCCCAGCAGAGCUCGGCCCAAACCAAUGGCACCGCCGGAGCCACGGGCGCCGCCGCCGCCGGGGGUUUACAACACGGCCAGGACCAGGGGCCUCCCAACAAGAAACCUCGCAUCGGGCCCUCUGGGGCCUCCUCAGGCACUGGGGUGCUCCAGUCUGAGUACCAGCACUCCGGCUCCCGCCUUGGUUACCAAAGCAACGUCCAAGGUUCCACUCAGCCCCAGAGCACCAUGGGAUACUCAUCAUCGUCCCAGCAGAGCUCCCAGUAUUCCCACCAGAGCCACCGUUACUGAGGCUCCGGAACCAGCAGAGGGAGGGGUCGGCGCCUCCCCCACCUCCUCCUCCUCCUCCCCUUCCUCCUCCUCCUCCUCCUCUUCCUCAGCCGAUGUCACCACCUGCACUCGGUUUCAUCCACACCUUCGUACUGGUCGGAAAACAUCCUUCUUUGCAUUCCAGAGUAACCCGUCCACCUUUUCAGCCCCCUCCCUUCCCUCCCUUCCCCCCCUUCCCACUUUAUACCCGACAGCCUCCGUAUCCUGAAGGCAACGAAACAUAGGAACCAAAAGAUAUCUGAAAAAGUGAACGUGUUGGGCCUCCUGGGGCUCGGUGAGACAUUUGAAAACUGAAAAUAAUGUAAGAUAAUGAAGGUCAGACUGAGAACCGUGGCACUUACAAACGCAGCUCUGUUCAUAUAUCUGUACAUUAUAUAGCACCUUUUUCUAUUUGAUUUUUUUUUUUUUUUCUCGCUUGUUUGCUAGAGUUUUCAAGUUUACCUUGAUUGUUGAUGUCAGUGUAAAUAUUGUUACAUACAGAAGCUAAAAGCCCACCGGAGGAAGAGCCCUUUACUGUCAUCUCUAGUGUCAAACCACCUUGAUAAUCAAAGAAAAGCAGAAACAUUUGAGCUAACCCUGUCCUUUUAACAGAAUAAAAGACAGUCGAUGUUUCUACACAGAAUAAUCAGCUCCGCAGCUGAUGGAAUUGCAGGGAAAUGUUAAAUGCGCAAUUUAACUUAAUCUUCUUACUAUAGGGUUUCUAUAUUUAGACCUCUCUUUAUCUAGAUUUGGAUUUGGAAAGUAAAGAAUAAACCAGUCUUUUUACGAGUCCUGUAUAUUCUGGAUCACUCCACUACCUUUAGAAACUUUUGAUUGUCGGACGUAAAGACACUUUUUCAAUUUUUUAUUGUUUUUUUGUUUUGUUUCGUCUUUGGUUUUUGUCUUUUGUUCAUGGCCAGCAGCGUCAGAGGGUUUUGUCGAUCGUCAGCUGCUGAUGGACACUCGCUUUUGACCCCAACCUUCAAGACUUUUCAAGGUUCCUGAACAUACAGGGCAGCUAACAGUAGGGACCCCCCCCUCCUCCACCGCCACCCCUCCCCACUUGUAUUCCUCUUGAGACUGUUACUGCCUGAUGUUGGAUUGUUUUGUUUUUUUGGUUGUUUUUUUCAAGGUUUUGUUAUUCUUGUUGCCCUCUGUGUAUGUGUAAAGUAUGUUUUUUAUGCAUGUUUAUCUUCUUAGAACUGCACUGACCACUGAACCCAUCUGCAAAGAGCUGGAACAAAAAACAGAGGGGGAGUUUUGAGGCCUGAACACCUGAACGUCGUCCUCUUGGUGGGUUUAAACGGGAAACGGGUGCCUUUUUUAUUACAGCCAGUGGUGGGUGCUGCUUCAGUUCCCCUUUCAUCCUUUUACAGACAUUGUCGUCGUAUACUGGUGUAAAAAGACCUUUUUUGUCAGAAGUUAAAGGUGCUGGUUUGAUGUCUUUAGUAGCACAAGUUCUGAAAUGCAAAACCAGAGCUACUAGAAAGAUGCCAAAUAUGAAACCAAUGUAACAGAAACAUCUGAAACAUCUGCCAAUGGGGUAAACAUGAUUUACUCGACUUAAAAACUAGAAUAACAAGUGGUGCCAGGCACAACAAGCCCCGCCCCUUGCACGUAUUGUA